AGGAAGAAACUGAAGUGAAAAAGAAGUGACUGAAAAAGAAAUUAAGGAAGGAUUUGAAGGAACAAAUUCAUUUCUUAACAAGAUCAAGUUUGAAUUAAAUGGCUGAUAAACAGAUCAGUUUACCUGCCAAGCUGAUCAAUGGAGGCAUAGCUGGGCUGAUUGGGGUCACCUGUGUAUUUCCCAUUGACCUAGCAAAAACUCGCCUGCAGAACCAGCAGAAUGGCCAGCGGAUGUACACCAGCAUGUCUGACUGCCUCAUUAAAACAAUUCGGUCAGAAGGUUAUUUUGGCAUGUACAGAGGGGCUGCAGUGAACCUGACUCUAGUGACACCAGAAAAGGCUAUCAAACUGGCAGCCAAUGACUUCUUCCGGCAUCACCUCUCCAAAGAUGGGAAAAAGCUGACACUGAUGAGGGAGAUGCUGGCAGGUUGCGGCGCAGGUACCUGCCAGGUGAUUGUCACCACUCCCAUGGAGAUGCUCAAAAUCCAGCUGCAAGAUGCGGGGCGAAUUGCGGCACAGAAGAAGCUGAUGGCAGCGCAGGCCCAGGUCUCCUCUUCCUCUGCGGUGGGGGCAGCAGAGCCGGUGAUGGAAACACGCACCACAGCAACACAGAUAACAAGGGAGCUGCUGCGGAGCAAAGGCAUUGCGGGACUCUACAAGGGCCUGGGAGCCACACUGCUGAGGGAUGUCCCAUUCUCCAUUGUUUACUUCCCGCUGUUUGCAAACCUGAACAAGCUGGGCCAGAAAGACCCCAAUGUCAAGGCUCCAUUCUACGUGUCCUUCCUCUCUGGAUGUGUGGCUGGUAGUACAGCUGCAGUGGCUGUCAAUCCUUGCGAUGUGAUCAAAACACGGCUGCAGUCCUUGCAGAGGGGAGUGAAUGAGGACACCUACUCAGGAAUCCUGGACUGCACCAAGAAGAUCUGGCAGAAGGAAGGGCCCAUGGCCUUCCUGAAAGGGGCAUACUGCCGAGCCCUGGUCAUUGCUCCUCUCUUCGGCAUCGCACAAGUUGUCUACUUCAUCGGCAUCGCGGAGUUCCUGCUGGACAUGCUCCCCAAGCACCGGGCCUAG